CAUGGCGCUCCUCCCCCGCACGGCGCGGCUGGCGGCCCUCUCCGCCCCGCGCGCCUACUCCGCCGCCGCGUCGGCGACGAGCUCCGCGUCGCCGGCGCCGUACGGCGGGGCGCCGCCGCCGGCCCCGGCCUCCAAGGCGGCGGAGUUCGUGAUAUCCAAGGUGGACAACCUGAUGAACUGGGCGCGGCGGGGCUCGAUCUGGCCCAUGACGUUCGGGCUCGCCUGCUGCGCCGUGGAGAUGAUGCACACCGGCGCCUCCCGCUACGACUUCGACCGGUUCGGCGUCAUCUUCCGCCCCUCGCCGCGCCAGUCCGACUGCAUGAUCGUCGCCGGCACGCUCACCAACAAGAUGGCGCCCGCUCUCCGCAAGGUUUAUGACCAGAUGCCAGAGCCUCGAUGGGUUAUUUCGAUGGGCAGCUGCGCCAACGGUGGUGGAUACUACCACUACUCCUACUCUGUCGUGCGCGGAUGCGACAGGAUUGUACCCGUGGACAUCUACGUCCCAGGAUGCCCUCCAACUGCUGAAGCUCUGCUCUAUGGCGUCCUUCAACUGCAGAAGAAGAUCAACAGGCGCAGGGAUUUCCUUCAUUGGUGGAACAAGUGAACCCGCCGUUCUCUGCUCUCCUAUCUGCUACUACAAUCCUGUCAGAAUUUUAUCGAGCUUCUAGGUUAAAUAAAAGAAAGCAUGUGCUUUCUGAUCAUCAAACUCCUAGUAGAUGUUGCAGUGAGCUCCUGGCUAUCUUGCUGUGUUGCUUCACGCUUCAUGGACAAACCACAUGUGUUGAAAGUGAAGUUGCUGCUAUUAUGUACUUUGUGUUGUAUUCUACCAAAGAUGUAACAAUAACAUUGUAUCUGAUGCUCAAUGUGCGUUGCGAUACUGUAUACUUUACCGACUUGGUGUAAAUACUAAUAGCAAAAGUGAUGAAUUGUUAA